CACCAGGGGGCAGUGCAGCCGGAAGUGAUGUAACUAACGGAUGGGGAAGUUAUGUUGGAAUUUGAGAGCGCCUUUGCUCAGUAGACAACGCUGAGGGGGGAGACUGCUGACUGCACACUCUAUCAAUAAGGCUCUUGACGAAAGUCACCUGAACCAAGAUGUCGUCAACAUCCCAAAAGCACAAAGAGUUCGUGGCCGAGCCGAUGGGUGAGAAGUCGGUAAAUGCUCUGGCGGGCAUCGGGGAGGUUCUCGGCAAGCGGCUGGAGGAGAAAGGUUUCGAUAAGGCAUACGUAGUACUUGGCCAGUUCCUGGUCCUGAAGAAGGAUGAAGAGCUCUUCCGUGAUUGGCUGAAAGACACAUGUGGCGCCAACUCCAAACAGCAAGGCGACUGCUACGGCUGCCUGCGGGAGUGGUGUGACUCCUUCCUGUAGACCACCUGCUCCGCCCUUUUCAGUUUUUUUCUUUUCUUUCUUUUUUUUUUAUACAUAUAUAAAUAUAAUUGACACAUGUUUUACCUCUUAAGUGCACAGGCCUCCCGUGCUAACAGCUUGUGAGUGAUGCUGGUGUGGUAGUCAUAGCGUUAACCCCUGACCUCCGUAGAGCAGCAAGUGAGCUACGUUAGUUUAGCACAACUGGGCAUGUGCGGCACCGAUCUACCGUAACGGCUAGUCUCGCUCCACAGCCGAUCUACCGUAACGGCUAGUCUCGCUCCACAGCCGAUCUACCGUAACGGCUAGUCUCGCUCCACAGCCGAUCUACCGUAACGGCUAGUCUCGCUCCACAGCCGAUCUACCGUAACGGCUAGUCUCGCUCCACAGCCGAUCUACCGUAACGGCUAGUCUCGCUCCACAGCCGAUCUACCGUAACGGCUAGUCUCGCUCCAAAGGCGAUCUACCGUAACGGCUAGUCUCGCUCCAGAUUGUAGCUGGGCUUCUGCGUGUAGCUGAUGACCUGUCAUGGAAGGGGGUUCUGCGUAGAACUAACAACGUGAUGGAGGGGAGGGGGUUCUAAAUAUUUUCCUUAGUUCUUUGGGCUUCAGUUUUGGGGUUCCAGUUCCAGCUACCAUGACUCUUAACACAAGGUGGGCGCGUUGGCGUGAGCAGCAUCUGUGGGCUACUGAUUGUCUUCACUGCUCGGUUAAAGUUUGCCUUAUUCGACUGUUAUUUAAUCUCCAGUGGAAACGUGUAUUGCAAACACAUACUGUUGGCUUAUCAUGCAGGCUACCUAAUCUUUGGUCCAGGUUUUAAGUGAAUUUGAAGGAUAUGUUUUUAAAUAUAUAGUCUCAUUGGGUGUAAAAUGGCAUUGUUUCUCUCACCUGUUCCAACCAUAACUGGCGGGCCCUUGGGUCGCUGUUCUGUGCGAUUGCGGCGCUGAGCUGAGCGUGCCCGUGGCGUGGCAGUAGAGCGGUGUCCUGCUGCUAGACAUGUUGGAGCGCGCCGAGCUGAAGCUACUGCCGUAGCCGUCCCCAUUGGCCAGAAUGUGAACACAGACAUGAUGCACAGAACGUUUCCAUGGUCACAUGCUUUCUCUUUCCACUUCACAAUUGUUGCGCAUCGAUGAUUUCGGCAUGUCAUAUUUGUCUGUAAGGUUUGUGCAUUUUUUUUAAAGAAUCGAUCGAUACAUGUUUGAAAAAACAAUAAAGUGUAAAAAUAGUAA